CCUGACACCACGAGCAGCAGCACGCGAGCAUAGCGGACGUCGAUGACGGUGCUCUCGCGCGCCGGAAAUGUGGGAAACCUCCAAAUGCUGAUGUGUUACAAGAAAUCCCACCGCUGUGCAGACUCCUGAGCUUCUUUGAGUUUUUGUUUGAUGCAGUGAAACAAUAACACACGGAGAGAAGAGGAGGCGGGUGCACAGGUCCAUGUCAAAGAAGAAGAAGGACGCAGAGGAAGAGAGCAACAGAGCCAAUGGCGCCCAAAGGUAAAGUUGGCACAAAAGGAAAGAAGCAGAUUUAUGAGGAGAACGAAGCAACGCUGAAGUUUUACACAAGAGUCAUCCUCGGAGCUAACGCAAUAUAUGGUGCUGUAAAUCUUUUGGUUUUCUACAGUUCGUCCACAUUUUGGACAUGGCUACUGCUGGUGUUUGCACUAGCAGUGUAUAUCGGGAGUUACCGCUCCAUGUCUGCCAUGGCCAAGCCAGCGUUUGCUGAGGAUGGAAGUCUCCUGGACGGAGGAAUAGACUUAAACAUGGAGCAGGGAAUGGCAGAGCACCUGAAGGACGUCAUCCUGCUCACAGCCAUAGUCCAAGUGCUCAGCGUCAUCUCCUCUUAUUUCUGGUAUCUUUGGCUGCUGGCCCCGGCUCGUGCUAUACACCUGCUCUGGGUGAACUUUCUGGGUCCCUGGUUUAUGGCAGAAAGUCCGUCGGCACCGGAGGAAGUGAAUGAGAAGAAGCAGAGGAGACAAGAACGCAGACAGAUGAAGAGAUUCUGAUGCUGCAGAGCAGAUGGAGCAGUAUUUUUAUACACAGAAUCUAAUAUACAGAUAGUGAGGAACUCAUAAGUUAUUUAGGAAGAAAUUUUGUUAUUAAGUUAAACUCGAUCCAAAUCUGAUACUGUGGGAUCUUGUUUUCCAUGUUUGUUUUCUUUCUGCCUUGUCCUGUAAUCAGAUUUUCUCCGUAAAUUAUGAAAUGAAAUCUUCCCUAUUUAGAUAAUGUCAUGGUCCAAACUUCAUUUGUCCUCAUGCAGAGAUUUAAGAGUUUCGAUGUUGCACAAGCCCAUCACUCUACCCCCUGAAGAAUUUCAUUAAAUAUUCCCCUAACAGCCCUGCAAUACAAUAACGAAAUGAGUCAAAACCAUAGUUGGCUGAAUUUAUUUUGUCAGUGGCAAUUUAAUCAUGGCAUGUCUUUUACUUUUAUUUAAUUUCCCCCCAAAAAAUGUAACAGAAUUCAUCGGUGAGCCUCCAUUUCAGAGCUGAGAUAUUUUGUUUGUAAGCUGUUAAGUCUUAUAAAAUCAACGGGAUAUGAAUGAAGUUUAAUAGGAAACUUUUUUGCAAUAAAAGAAAUAAAUAAAUAAAAAAUCUUCCUCCAGUGUGUGGAGUUGAUCAUCAAA